AUGGCCGGUGUUGUACGGACCCAGUGUGGCAUUGUGAAGGAGGACCCCGUUUUGAGUGAUGGCAGCACACAUGGUUAUAUUACCCCCACGCUGUCCAGGGACAUUGAACUGUUCACAAAACAAAAAUACACAUUAAAGAAAAAACUUGGACAAGGAGUCUCAGGCACAGCAUUUCUUGUGAACAACAAAGAGGAAGAGUUGUAUGUAAUCAAAGAGAUUAUCUGCAGAGAUAAAAGUUCUGAUGCAGUCAAACAGGAAGUUGAUAUCUUAAAGGAUCUGCAUCAUGCAUAUAUUGUUGCUUACGAGGAUUCAUUUGAAGACAGAGAAGCUGGACUGUUUUAUAUAGUGAUGGAGUAUUGUGCAGAAGGGGAUCUUUACAAGAGGAUGCAAACACAGAAAAGAAAUGAGUUCACAGAAGAGCAGGUAACAUAUGAAAUCCGUGACUGGUUUGUGCAGAUUUGUCUGGCUCUGCAGUGUCUUCAUGAGAAGAAUAUUCUUCACAGAGAUAUCAAGCCGCAGAAUGUUUUUCUGACUGCGUAUGGAUACAUCAAUGUAGGGGAUUUUGGAUGCGGAAAAGCAUUGGAAAGAGCUGAUCAAUAUGCACAAUCAGUUGUGGGUGCAGAACUCUAUGUCAGCCCAGAAGUUCUGAAACAAAGAUGCACGUCUAAAAGUGACAUCUGGUCUUUGGGAUGGUUGAUCCAUGAUCUGUGCAUGCUUGAUAUCUGGUCAGAUAUUCUAGAGCGUCGCUUUCGACAUGCCAACAGCAUGAGAGGAACUCCUCCCGACAUCUCAGAGGAAUACUCAGAGGAACUACGACAACUGAUAAAAGAAAUGCUCAGCUGCAACCCUAAAGACAGACCUUCAGCCGAUGAGAUUUUAGCAAAACCAUUCUUAAAUGACGCAGUAAACAGAAAUAAAAAUAUUCCAGAAGCAUUUACACGGAAGUUCAUGAAGUCCAUCAUGACCUUUGAUCAGGCCUACAACAAGCAUUAUAAUGAGCUGGAGAUCUUAGUCAGUGAAUGGAAACAAGCAACAGAUUCAUUAGAGGGUAUUCAUUAUAACUGCACUGCAGGCAGUCUGUCAGGUGCAGUGAUUGGAGCCGCUGGUGGGACCACUGCACUGGUUGGUGCAGUUUUGGCACCAUUCACUCUUGGUGCCUCUUUGAUUGUAACAGGUGUGGGUGUUGGUGUAGGAGUUGCAGGUGGUGUAACAGGUGCUGCCUCCAACAUUACCAAUACAGUAAAACAAAAGUCACUCCGUGAGAGCCUUCAAAAAAUUGAACAGACCUAUAACAAUGCAAGUGCACCUAUUCUCAAUUCACUGAAAACACUGAAAAAAUGUAUGAAAACAAUUGCUAGAUUCGGUGUUUUUGUCAGUGCAUCAACAUCGGAUAUGGUACAGAUGUCAUGGAGAGUAGGCAGAAGUACAGCAGUGGGUGCCGGAGAAAUCGCGCAUCUAUUGGCAAAUAUCGGGCGAUUUGGUGCUCAAGCUGCCAAAAUAGGACGAAUGGCAGCAGCAGUUUCAGGUGUGUUAAGUGGUCUCUUAAUCAUAGCUGACGUUGCCUUCAUUGUUAAAGAUUCAAUGGAGAUUCAUGAAAUGAGAACUAAGAAAACAACAGAUGAUCCUGAAACGUUUAAUUCCAGUCUACUCAAGUCUAUUGCACAGAUGAGAAAAACACACGAAGAGCUCUGCAAUCUCUUGAACGAGAUAAAAAAUGCAAAAGAGGAACUAAAUGAGUAUAUAGAAACAGCUAGAGAAAACCCAUAA